UCUACCAUCAUUUACCCCGGGAUUCAUGCAAAGUCGGGAGCUGCCAAGCCCAAUCCACUUCAUUUCGACCACAACGAACUGCAUUACGACGACGACGACGACGACGUCUAGCCUGCUCUGGAUCCAUUCCUCCCUCUCCCCCGACCGACCAACCAACCAACCACCCAGCCAGACCUUCCAUCGAAGAUUCCAACUCUUUCCUGUUAACCUCUGGGUUUACCAUCCGGUCGGGUUUCCACCGGUUCGAACGGGUCACUUAUCUUGACACGCACUGCCCCCCCUCCCCUCUCCCAACUUUCCUGGACGCAGCUGCCGUCGUGCAGCUCCCACUUUCGACCACCAUCCAAAAAUACACGGCUGAUCGCUUGGUCGGUUGACCGGUGCCCACCAUGGGUUUCAUCGGGGUCUAUACCGCCAUCUUCGACUACCAUCCACAGGCGCAGGGGGAACUGGAGCUUCGUGAAGGGGAUUUACUUUACAUCCUCGAGAAGAAUGAGGAGGAGGAUUGGUGGAAGGCCAAGAAGAAGGCGAACCGGGAUGAUGAGGAUGAGCCUGAGGGUCUAGUGCCAAAUAACUACGUGGAGGAGGCUAAGCCGGCUCACUCCGCGAGAGCGCUCUACGACUAUACCCGCCAGACAGACGAGGAAGUCUCAUUCUCAGAAGAUGCGAGCCUGGUCGUGUAUGACACCUCGGAUCCGGACUGGACCCUCGUUGGAGUCAAUGCCGAUUUCGGCUUUGCCCCUUCGAAUUACAUUGAGAUCUUGGAAGGGGCAUCAGCUCCCGCUCACUCUCCCGCAUCCCCAGUGCCUACGACUACUGCUCCGGCUCCAGAACCAGCACCUCCCAGCCUCCCGCAGCGGCCGCCCGCGGUCCCUGAGGCUCCCGCAGCAGACGUCAGCGAACCGGGCCCGCGCUCUCCGAUUGACCCCGUCCAGAACCCUGCGGCGGCUGCCAUUGCAGAUAUCAUUCACAAGCAGCAUGCCCCUUCUUCGGAAUCGCCGCGGGACAUUCUCCCUCCUCUCCCGCCCCAAUCGCACCCAUCAUCCGAGUCCCCAGAGACCGUCGGGCGCGAGCCUUCCCCUCCGCCGCCGUCCUUACCCCGAAGACCGCCAUCGGAACAGAUCGCGUCCCCUGUUCAUCUGGAUACCCCAUCCGGACCGUCCCCAGCUUCUCGCCCCCAGUUUGCUGCCGUUCGAGAUAGCGAUGGUGUUAGGGAAUCCCCGCCUUACAACCGCGUAGGACGGACCGCGCCCCGGUCGCCUUCCGGCUAUCACAUAUACAAUAUAAACGAAAUGGUCGAAGUCAUGGGUAAAAGGAAGAAGAUGCCCACCACUCUGGGGAUCAAUAUCGCCACCGGCACGAUCUUCAUUUCCCCCGAGGAUGAUGGCGAUGUGCAGGAGUGGACGGCUGACAAGCUUACGCACUACUCAAUUGAAGGGAAACACGUCUUUCUCGACCUUGUUCGCCCAAGCAAGAGCAUUGAUUUCCAUGCUGGUGCCAAGGAUACGGCUCGAGAGAUUGUCUCCGCUCUUGGUGAAAUCUCUGGCGCCUACCGGGCUGAAGGCUUGCGGGAAGUUAUCGCAGCUGGCGCUGGGGGCAGCGGACAAAAGAAGGGUCUCAUCCUCUACGACUUCAUGGCCCAGGGUGAUGAUGAAGUGACCGUGGCCGUGGAUGAUGAGGUUAUCAUCAUCGAUGACACCAAGUCUGAAGAAUGGUGGAUGGUGCGGCGCGUGAAGAACGGCAAGGAAGGUGUUGUUCCUAGUAGCUAUGUAGAAGUGACUGGAUUUGUGACCACCCCAGCGGCGAAUGCCCUCGAGUCCGGAUUGUCGGCCGUGGAGAGAAACCGACUGGAAGAGUCCAGAUUGGCGAGGGAGGCCACCAGGAAGUCUGUCGCCGACUCUCUCAGUCCACGCAGCCCAAAGCACCAGAAGAAGGACAGUAAGAGCAGCCAGCGAUCCAAGCCCGAUGCAAGCAAGGUGAGGACGUGGGUCGACCGUACCAAGUCAUUUACCGUGGAAGCCCAGUUUAUUGGCUUGCAGGACGGCAAGAUUCAUUUGCACAAGACCAAUGGAAUCAAAAUCGCAGUCCCUAUUCCCAAGAUGUCUGUUGAGGAUCUGGAGUAUGUUGAGAAGAUCACCGGUGUCUCCCUUGACGAAGACAAGCCUUUGUCCGACAUUCGACGCCGAUCCCAGCGCAUUGAAGCCGAAAAAUCUCGAUCCUCUGGCGAAGCAAAACGCACCGGAGCCCUUGCUGGAGCCUCUUUCCAACAGUCAGAUUACGAUUGGUUCGAUUUCUUCCUCAAGGCAGGUGUUGGCCCUCACCAAUGUGAGAGAUACGCACAAAACUUCAUCAAAGACUCAAUGGAUGAAGGUGUUCUUCCGGAUAUUUCUCCCGAGACUCUUCGUACCCUUGGCCUGAAGGAAGGUGAUAUUCUACGGGUGAUGCGGUACUUGGACAACAUGUUUAACCGGACUGGUGCCAAGUCCAAGCUACGGAAUGUCAGCUUCGGCGGGGAGGAGGUCAUUACCAACGGUGAGGAUGGUUCGGGUGGCCUCUUCUCUGGGCCUGGCGGAACACUGCGCAACAAUACUCGAAAGGGCCGUCCAGCACCGGCCGUUCAGGCAACGGAUGUGGUCGAUCCCAAGGUAUUUGAGCAGAAGGAUGAGACAAAGCCUGCCGAAAAGAGUAGCACUCCUCCACCAACUGGUGCAGCCGCCUCCGAGACUGUUCAGAAGGGAUUCGAUGACGAUGCAUGGGAAGUUAAGCAACCCCAGCAGCCUGCCGCCACAGCUGCUGCUGCUGCUGCAGCGGCUAGUCCACCCCCAACAUCGCCAACCAGCCAGCCGGCAGUCCAGCAGACACUCACUGGAGCGAUGGCAGAUCUAUCGUUGCUUCAGGCGCCUCUUCAGCCUACACCUGCCGCACCAGCCCCUGUUCCCGCCCUUUCUCAAUCACCGCCCGUUGUGCAGCCUAUUCAAGUCCAACCGACUGCAGUGCCUGCCCCUCAGCCACAGCCGGGAGCUACUCCGGGUUUCUUCGCCCAAUUGGGCCAACCUGGACAACAACCCCUGCAGAACAAUAUGCAAACUUUUAGCCCUCAGCAGGCCGCCCGACAACGUCCGCAGCCACCUCAGGCCAUGGGCCAGAGCUCUCUUAUCCCUCCUCCCCCUCAACGACCGCUCUCGGCCCCUCAAAACAUGCCGCAGCAACAGUUUGGUCUGCCUCAGCUUCAACCUCAACUGACAGGUGUUCCUCAGCAAGGUCCUCAGCUUGCCCCGCCAGGGCAGAGUCUGGCGGAAUUGAAUCAGCAACGUUUCCCGCAGCCUUUCCAGCCGCAGCCCACAGGAUUCAUGUCUCCGAAUCAGUUCCAGAACGGUUUAAUGCCACAGCCCACCGGCUUCCAGCCUCAGUCACAGUUUGGAAUCCAGCAGCAGCAAACAGGAUUCCAGAGCCUGGUCCCGCAACCCACGAGUUUCGGGGGGUUCCAAGCCCCUCCUCAACAGCCAAUGCAGACCGGUCUCAACUCGAUUCUUCCUCCAGCACUGCAACCCCAGCCAACCGGUCUGAAUGGCUCUGCCUCGAUGCCAUACAAGCCUUCCCCUCCACCAAUCCCUCAACAACACACAAUUACACCACUGCAGCCGCAAAAGACAGGGCCCGCUCCUCACAUCCGAUUUGGCGUCAAGCCGGAGGUUCCCAAGAAGCUUGCUCCACAGCCAACCGGUAUGAAGGCCAAUCUUGCACAAGCCACACCCACCAACCCGUUCGGCUUCUAAUUGAACCCAACGUGUGUACAUAGCAUCUCUCACUCUCACUUUGCAGCACAUGACUCUUUUUUUUUUUUUUUUUU